AAAAAUAAAAAAUAUCUGACCUUCCAGCAUCUCCAUCCCUCUAUUUUUUUCAAUAAUUUUCUCUCUCCUAGGGUUCUAUUUUGUUUUCACAAAUUUCUUGAUCAAAUGUCAUCACUCAAUUCUUCUUCAUCAAUCAUGGCCAAUAAAUCCUUGAAUUGCCUUGAAAUUGAACAACACGAAGAAACAAUUUCUGAUUCAUUCAUUUGUUGCGUUUGUUUGGUCUCCGGCCAUUUGUUUACUGCACCUCAGUUUGCAGCGUCCUUUUGUACGUAUGCCACUGUCGUAUGGGUCACGCGUUGCCAAUGGAUCUACUAUACAAGCCUAUUGUUCUAGAGUGUGGUCAUGUUUCCUGCUUCUGGUGUGUUCAUAAUUCUAUGGACGCUAUUCAUGAAUCUCAUUGCCCAAUUUGUAGGCAUCCAUAUCAUCACUUUCCAACUAUAUGUGAAAUGAUGCAUUUCCUUCUUUCAAAGAUGUAUCCCCUUGCUUAUAAGAGAAGGGAAAAACAAAUUCUUGAGGAAGAAACGGUGAAGAAUUGCUUCUCACCACAGCUUGAUUGUAAAGAGCUCAAGAGUAGUAAUGGAUCCAUACCUUCUCAUGAUUCAAAUAUGUUGUCCGGUCAGGCUUCUUCCUCUUGCAUCACUCGUGUAGACAAAGACUCUUCAAACAUGGAUAGUAAUUGUUCAGCUUCUAUCAAGGAAAGAGAUUUACCGGCUAUUGAGAGGGUUUCAAGUAGUGGUGUACUCUGUCCAGCUUGUGAGCAGCUUCUGUAUCGUCCUGCAGUUCUUAAUUGUGGCCAUGUAUACUGUGAAGCUUGUAUAGUAGUUCCAGAAGAUGGAAUAAUUAUAUGCAAAGUUUGUGACUACCCACAUCCAAGUGACUGUCCAAAUGUUUGCUUGGAGUUGAACAACUUCUUGGAGGAACAAUUCCCCAUAAAAUAUUCAGCACGCAGAAAAAGUGUUGAAGAGAAACAAGCACGGUUUCAGCAUAAGAAUCCAUCAUCUUGUUCUAUUUCAAAGAAAUCUACUAAAAAAGGCUUCAUCACGCCAUAUAGGGGCAGUGAAGAAUUUAUACCGUGGUGGAGUGAACACGGUUCAAAAGUCCAUGCUGGAGCUGGUUGUGAUUAUUGUGGAAUGUAUCCCAUAGUUGGGGAUAGAUACAGGUGCCAAGAUUGUGUGGAGCUGAUAGGAUUUGACCUUUGUGGAGAUUGCUAUAAUACACAAUCCAAACGACCAGGCCGUUUCAAUCAGCAACAUACUGCAGAUCACAGGUUUGAGCUUGUCAAACAACCAGACUUUUUACGGAAUAUAAUGUUGCGCCUUGUUGGAGGAAAUCUGGUAGAUAGUUCUGGAGCUCCCGUUCUCGCCGUUAAUGCAAUUGAAGAUCCCCCAGAUGGCUGGAUUGCUGUUGAAUCUGUUGAUGAUCUAGAAAACAUACAUAACAAUGUAGCUGCCGCCGAUGAGACUGUAGGUGAUAUUCUGCAUGAUGACAGUGACACACAAGACGGUUCCAUUGAGGUGGAGUUUUCCGAUGCUCUGGAAUUUUCUGAUAAUAACGUGACAUCUCUUUCUCAUCAUGAUCAUAAUAAUAUGGAUCAAGAUGGUAAUGAUGAUCCUCCCUUUUAAAAUCUGUAUGAACAGUCUCAGGAGGUAGUGCAGCAAUUUUUAUUGAAUAUGUGCAUCAUGAAUAUGUUCAAGUUCUGUAAAUGAUGGCCCUAUUUUUAUUUUAUUUACUAUAGUCUGUAGUCUGUUACUAUAUUUGCGAAUAGUUGCUGCAUCCUCAUUCCUUUAUAGCUAAUGUUAGGAGAUGUGAAUAUUUGAUUUUGGUUACUAUCUGUUGUAAAAGCGUGUUGGGAAAUGUUGGCUUAAACUCGCGAGAAAGUCUAUGAUUUCUAUGACUCGAAACACAUUGAUAUU